UUUACCGCCGCGCAGAUGAAGCUCAAGCAGCUAGAGAGCGAGCUCGGCCAUCUCGUCCAGUUCCAGUCUCCAAAGAUCGAGCUGGAGCAAUACCCGACUGGCGCGCACAUCGCUUCUCGGAUGAUGUACAUGGUCUCUCAAAUCCUUUUUUCCUCCGUGAGCGUGACGAAUUCCUUCUUUUGCCAGGCUGAAUCCAACUUUGGUGAUAUUUGUGGGAAAUCCAUCGCUGAUCUUGGCUGUGGCUGUGGAACGCUCGGUGUGGCUGCGUCUUUGCUCGGGGCGAGUUACGUGAUUGGUUUCGAUCAAGACCUCGCGGCUUUAGACACUGCCCAAGAAAACUGCCGGGACCUUGAGAUCGACAUGGAUUUCGUGCAGUGUGAUGUCAAGAGUCUUGGUUUGACGCGAAUCAGUGUAGACACAGUCGUAAUGAAUCCUCCGUUUGGCACUAGAAGGAAGGGAGCUGACAUGGAGUUCUUGUCUGUAGCUCUGAAGAUCGCACGGACUGCCAUCUACUCUUUACACAAAAGCUCUACAAGACAGCAUGUGAAACGAGCAGCUCUGCAGGACCUCGGGGCUAAAACUGCAGAAGUCUUGUUCGAGUUGAGAUUUGACUUGAAAUCUUUGUACAAAUUCCACAAGAAACAAGAGCUGGACAUCGCUGUAGAUUUGUGGCGAUUUACCGUUUAGCGCACAAAUCCUGCUAAGAUUUUACAAGGACAUUGCUGAUAUAUAAUUUCUUUUCUGUGCUUACUGUAGCGUCAGAGGUAGGGUUAUGGGGAAAGCGUUGAUGAUCGCGGUGGACGACUCUGAAUCGAGUGCCUAUGCUGUCAAG